ACGAUAUUUCAAUCCAAAUCAUUUUAUUAUUUCUACGCUAUCUAAUAUAUAUCCCGUAACAAAGCGCGGGGCGUUAAAUUUACCAGCACAAAAUUAAAAUUGGCAUUUGGAUAAUUGAUAAAUAGAAUAGUAGCAAAUACUUAAAUUUCCAUGAACCAUCGCCUUCCUCCCUCUUCAUUUUCUUUCUUGCUAUUUCUCCCAUCCCCAUGGCUGAUGGGCAGUAUGGCCGUUGGCCGCCCAUCCUCGUCUCCCAUUUGCUGAUCAACUCUUCCUCUCCCGCCUCCAUCGGCUUCCUGACCUUGCCGCCAGCCCGCCACAGUUGCCAUCCAGUUGCUGAUGGCCCCAAGUAGCAGCCAUUCGCAUGCGCUUGACACCAAACUAGAUCUGGGCGAUGAUGCUUAGGAUGGGGAGGCGGCGCCAGCCAUGGACGAGGUGGGGGACGGUGGCUGCGGCAACAAGUCUCCACAUCACCAGCCUCGCCUACAUCGGCAUACCUAGUUUGGUGACAGCUCAAAGUAAUUACCGCAGAGAAUGUUGCUGAGGCUGUUGAUAGUAUAAUUGACAAACUAAAGAAAUCAGAUGUAUCAAAUGUGGUCUAUUUUGAUGGUUGGGAAGGAUUGGGUGUAUCUGCUGUCCUCAGAGCUGUUGCCGAACGGCUUACACUGGGCCAGAUCACGGACCCAGAAUUGAGGUUUGAAAAGAUAAUCCACAUUGAUUGCUCGAGGUGGAAAAGCAUAAGGGAAAUGCAGAGGAAAAUUGCAGAGAAACUAGAGAUGACCCAAGCAAAAGAUCUUAUUGAUGAGCAGGAUGAGGCUGAUGAUAUCAAUGGAAAAGAUGAAAGCUCCAGAGACGUGAUCAAUGAUGUUGGAAUAGCUGUUAAUGAUGUCCUAAUGAGUGGAAGAUUUCUUGUGGUUUUUCAUAAUGGGAGUGAUAAUGAAAUAAAAGAUGUAACUAAUUUUGGUCUGCCUCUAUAUCAGCUGUAUAAGGGAAACAAAAUAUUGUGGACCUUCAGGGGCAGGUUUCGGCUGAGUACCAAAAUUCAGGACAAGGUGCAAAAGGCAGAUGUUUUUCUUGCUGCCGAAUUCCAUAACAAAAUAUAUGGGAUGGAGUUCCAGGAUCAAAGCCAUUGGUGGGAUAUAUUGUGUGAGGAGGCGGCAGAAAUUGCUUCCAACACAUGUUCCGGAGUAGCCAAGCUGCACCCUACAACAAUUGCCAAAUGUUGGUUGUAUAUAUCGAAACUUAAUUUUGUUGGCAGAGACAUCAUUGACUAUGACUGGGCAGUUCAUGCUUCAAACUAUUGGGUGUGUGAUGGGAUCAUUCAGGAAUGGGAGAUUGCUGAUGCUCUACAACAAGAGAUGUGGCAAGAAUGGGACGACCCUGGACUUUACCACAUGAUGCGGAACACUGACAACUGGAUUUCAACAAGUCACCUGAUUUCAAGUAAUUAUGGGUUCCUGGCUGCCUCAGCAGUGGCUCAAACAGUGUCAUCAUUUUUCUUGGCAGAACACCAAAUUGACACAGAAUCAAAAGACACGGUGGAACUAGUAGAAUAUUUUUUUAAGUCAAAGCUCAACCCUGCACAUCUUUUACAAAAUUAUAAUGACAUGUUUCAACAUGCAGAGAACCUUAGAGUGCUAAAACUUAGCCUCUGUACCUUUAGAUUUGCUUCACCUCCUUUCCUCUGUUGCCGCGGAUUGAGAUUCCUUGGGCUUGAUAACUGCCUUGAUCUGAACAUUGAUGCUGGAGAGGAGGUUCAGUCUUGGAACUGUUUUCAUGGUUUGUGGGUGCUAGACCUACAGUACACACAGUGGGUUUUCUCCCCACAGAUGAUUGAGGAAAUGAACAAUGUCAGGGAGCUCAAUGUUAAGGGAGUGAAACUGCACAACUUGAGACAUAUUUGGAAACGGCAGCAUAACAAGAUACAGAAGCUUCGUGUAAUCAAGACGAUUGAUCAAGACUAUACGGCAACCAAAGAUGAAAAGGAUCCAUUCACAUUCACAUUCUCAGGUAUGGAAAAGAUGGAGAUUCUAGACUUGUCAGGUAACUCUACCAUGCAAGCUUUUCCUGACCUGUCCAAGGCAACAUGUCUGAAGACUGUCACUCUUGAUGGUUGUGUUGGGUUGGAUUCUGUCAGUGAUAGCAACCUUCCGGUAUCACUUGAGGAAUUCAGCUUAGUUGCAGCAUCAGAACAGUAUCCAAAGGCAGCAAAUAUUACAAAAAUCUCAUUAUCUGGAUGUUGCCGGUUAAAAAAGCUAAUCUUGAGUGGACUGCCAAAACUUGAGGAAUUGGAUCUUUCCGGCACAAUAUUGGAAAAACUUGACCUGGAUGCCAUGCAGGCAGAAAAACUUAAUCGUCUUCUUCUGUUUGGUUGUCUGCAUCUUUGUGCAAUAAAGUGGUCAGAUGUUACAAAACCACAAUUGGAUGAGUUACAUGUAGAUACAGUUGGAGUACAUCUGGAAGGCAAACGACAAAAUAGCUUGUCACCUGUCCAGGAUGAUGAUAAAUUAUUCCAAUCACAUGUUGUUAUCAUGGAUCCUAGGCUUCUUCGGUUUCUACAGUUGUUUGCAAUGCAAAGUCACCAUGUGCAUUUCUGCAUGUCACCUGUUUUUGUUAAUUAUUGCAAAGAUGAAGGACAAAGUAAGCAGUGCAGUAGUGAACAAAUAAGGAAUGCCCAUGUUGAUCGAACAGUUGCAGGGAAUAUGUGCAGUGAUAUAUUUGACAGAGUUGUUGCACUUAGUGUUGCCCCUGUGAUUUGUCCUUGCCCGCCUCUGCCUUUAGAGUCAAAGUGCAACAGAAGCUGCAAGGUAGAGAUCAGAAACAGAAAACAAUUGCAGGGGAAUGACAAUAUCUUGGGAAAUUUCAUAGACAUUGUACACUCUCUAAACGUGCAUGAUGACUCUUGGAUGACUAGUAUUCCUGGAUCAAAUUGGGGUCGGAUUAAGUGGUGCUGUAUUGAGAGAUGCCCCAAGUUACAUUCUGUAUUCAAACUCAGAGACCAUGACCAAAUCGUAGCUUUCUCUUGGCUAGAGACCUUCUGGGCAUCACAUCUCCAAACAGCCCACUGCAUUUGGAGCAUGGAAGUCAAGCAUGUAAAUGUUGAUUCCUUCAAGAAACUGCAGUAUAUACAUCUGGAUUCCUGUCCUAGGCUCAUCCAUGUACUUCCCUUGUCCAACAACUUACCAAGCUUGGAGACCAUUCAGAUCCUGUACUGCACCAGCCUCAUAUAUGUUUUCCCUUUGAACACAGCAAACUCCAAGGGGACAGUAAGCAAUGAUGCUAUUGAUUUCCCAAAGCUGAAGCACGUCCACCUGCAUGAGCUUCCCAGCUUGAAAGGGAUAUGUGAGGCAAAAAUAAUGUCAGCUCCCAUGCUGGAGGCCAUCAUGAUCAGGGGCUGCUGUAGUCUUAGACACCUGCCUGACGUCCAAGGAUUGCAUGAACCAAGACCCAUAGUAUACUGUGAGAAGGAUUGGUGGGAUAACCUAGUGUGGCCUCAGAAAGAAGGUGGCUAUGAUCAGUCAUUGCUCUACAAGCGGCAGUCAGCGCAAUACUAUAAGAAGGCCUUGCCCAAAGGCUCUAUUCUCAGGUAGAUUCAAUUGACUACAACGGUCACCGACAUCGAUGAUCGAUCCAUACAAGAUUCAUAUACUUGGAAGAACAACACUAAAGUCCCUACAGUGAUUGGUCAUUGGUGGAUAUAUCAAGUUUAUCUCUUAUCUGGGUUCAGCAUAUGACUGAUCUAGAUUGUUUGUAAUGAACUAAUGGUUUUGAAGUCUAUUUCUGAUGGAACAUUUCUUGUUGGUUCUUUUUUUUUUUCUGUUUUUUUUCCUUGUCUUGUUGCGUCUGUAUUUGCUUGUGGCUUGCUGGCUCAAGCCGGAGUGCGUCUAGUUGCGUGGCAUGCUUGGCGUGUGGGAUGGCACAUGACGUGGACGGGGGUGGCGCACAUGGUGGCAUUGCCCUCCCAUGAUAUGUAUGUUGAUUUGCUAUUUUAAAUUGAGUAUAAACCAGAAAAUGCUGCUGCUUGACAGCACCAAAACCCUGUCUUUGUCGAGUUUGUUUA